AUGACCGAAGCUCAGUUUCCAUACGAGACUACCUCCUGGCCUAUGGAGAGUCUCAUUGAUUUGCAUGUGGGACAGCACGAUGAGCUCGGUCUGCAUCCCUUUAUCGCCAGCGACUUUCCUCUGACGAUGCAGGAGGGACUAGAUCCCUCCCGGGCUAUUGAGCAGUUAAGCUGGGUGGAUGAAUACCCGGUCAAAUCGACCGCAUUCCAACCAUAUCCGCAAACAUGGUAUGACGCCGGUCUAGUGAGAGAGGAUUGUGGAGGAACGAAAAACAAUGUCAAAAGUUUCUCACGCCAAUCAUCCCAAACCACCCCAAACCCCCGUAUCCAUCCCCGUCCAGAUUUACAGCUCGCAACACAAAGAGCGCUCUUCAUGACUCCCUCCCCAAAGACCCUCGCCUUCUUCCCUGGAUCUCCAAACUCAGAUCCUCACGCGUCCCCAGAACCAAGCCAUGCUUCAUCAAGCGGGUGGGAAGGUGAAGUCGACUACGAAGAUUUCCAAUACAUGCAAUUCGAUUUCGGGCCGGGUUUCGCGACCUCGGCAUUAGAAUCUCCAUACCAGGCUCAUGGACAAACGCACAGUCUCAGCUCCCCGCGCCAUCAACACUCAAGAAUAGAAGAAGAGUGUCUCACACCACUCGAGAUGCCAGAUGGGAGUACCCGCAUGACAUCAAAUUGGCUCCCCGUCGACCCUGACGCUGGCUCUGCGAUUAAUUUUUCCGUGAUAAUGAACGAGGAUGUAGCUGCGUUUCAGGACAUGAAGCAUGCAUUUUUUCCAUCGGUCCCUGCGGCUUGGUCGUAUGAUCGGUGA